CUACCUCUGAUUGGACGGCCGAGUUAAAGUGUUCUGUAUCUAAAAGGAACUCUCCUAGCUCCGUUACGAUACAGAACUCGCAUUUCUUGCUACGUCAAAGUUAUUUUAGAUGUGGGUGCACAGUCCGCUGUACGUCCAAGUCCUAUUUUUAAUUUUCAAGUUUUGAGGGUGUAAUUAAAGGGAGUUUAAUUGUUUCUAUCGAAUCAACAUUCCAGUUCUGCUGUGUUCACUGAUUUUAGCUGCCUCCGACUGUGCAUGUUUGAAUUUGUAUCGUGGCAACAAGCAGCUUCGCCAUAGCCGUCAGCGCGAGGAAUACCUCAGCGUACUUUACAUGCAAUGGCCUUUCGCUUCUUCACCAGUCGUUUGAUUUCUUAACUUAACAAAACUUCAGAUCGCCAGAAAAACAGAAAGGAAACUGCCACAAAAUUGUUGUGAAAAUGAAUAAAUCGUUGACCAAUUCAACUGCGGUAACUGGGCGCUUUUAGAAACCGUGGUCUCGUUGCUCUGUAACGCUCUAUAAGAUUCAGCGCUGUACCAUUGGUAGAUUCACUUUUACAGAACUCCCGGCUCUGUAUCUUACAGAACACAUUUAAAGUCCGUUUCGAGUAGUACUACUAUUGGUCAAUGAGCCAGUUACAACUCACACAGUCAAAGUUCCUCAGUUUCUGUUUUCAUUUUUCUUCUUGAUGACUUUGAUUUGUUGCUGUUGUACUGUGUAUUUCUCAACUUCAUCUCUCUGAAUUCGAUCCGUGUCAGCAGUGCCGUUAUUCUCCUGGAAAUGUCGUCCGGGUCGCGCUUCGACGAGCCCGAGGAGUGCAGUGUGGCGAACGUGGCGGUGCUGAACAAGUACAAAUCAGCCGGACAAAUCGCCAACAGGAUCGCGCUGUGGAUUGCAGGCAAAUGCAUUCCUGACGCGGCAGUGGUAGUCCUAUGCGAAUUGUCGGAUAGAGGCAUUGUGCGCGAGACGGCGAAGGUUUUCCAGGAGGAGGCGAUGCGCAAAGGUGUGGCCUUCCCCACGUGCAUCAGCGUCAACAACUACGUCGCGUACUAUUCGCCGACGGCGCAGGAGGCCAGCAUGGGGGAAGGUGUUCUUCUUCAAGACGGAGACCUUGUUAAAAUUGAUUUGGCCGUGCACAUCGACGGAUACAUCGCUAGCGUCGGAUAUUCCUGCGUAGUGGGCGCCUCGCAGGAGAAGCCCGUGAGCGGACGGAAGGCGGACGGGAUGUGGGCUGCGCAGACUGCCCUGAAGGCCUCCAUGCGGCUGAUCAAACCCGGCGUUACUAAUUAUCAAGUGACGGCGCUGACCAAAGCGGUGAUCACGGCCUACGGAUGCCAGCCCAUCGAGGGCACUGUCUCCCACCAGCUGCUGCGCAACCAGCUCGAGGCCGAGAAGAGCAUCAUUCAGAAUCCCAACCAGGCCCACAAGCGAAAGUACAAGAAGACGGAAUUCGAGGAGAACGAAGUGUACGCGGUGGAUGUCUUGGCGAGCACGGGCGACGGGAAGCCCACGAAAAGCCCUGCGUACACGACUAUUUUCCGCAAAUUGGACGUCUCUGACCGGCCUCGCAACAAGACGCAACGGGCCAUGCUUGCGGAGGCGAGUACCCAGUACGACACGAUGGCUUUCCACGUGCGCAACUUGGGAGAGGAGUGGCAAGUAUCGCGCAACACCCACGCCUGCAUCAACGCCGGCCUGCUGAAAGGCUACCCAGUGCUGACCGAGAAGACCGGCGAUCUUGUUGCGCAGUGCAAAGGCACCGUGGCCGUCACCGCCACCGGUGUCGAGGUCAUUUCCGGCCUGCUGGUGCUGACAGCCGACAAAUGCCAGUCCGAUCACGCUUUCCCCUUGUCUGAAAUGGAGAGGGCGCAGAACAACCGCAUCGAGACCAACAAGAAGAAUGGGCAGCUAACCCAGCCAAAGGCCGAACCAGGGCAAGAUGCGGUGUCGUCUCUGGAGGAAAUGGUGGUGACCGUAACGAUGCCGCCCAAUGCGGUCCGCCGAGGACGACCGAAAAAGGCGAUCAAGCGGCUGACUACGGCCAAAUGCCGCUUUGUUUUGCCUUCUGCCAAGCGAUGCGGAAGGUAUUCCAAGAAGGAGAAAAGGCAGGCCGUCGUUGUCUUGCGACAGUAUCCGGGUGCCGCGGGGAGGAUUGCCAACCGCUUGCGCGUGGACCGCCACACGCUGUUGGAGUGGAACCGUACGCAGGACUGCGACGAAACUUGAGUGUUACUGCGAUGUCAGAUAGCGUAAAGCUGUUGGCGGUAGAAUAAAGCAGACUGAUGAUUCUUGGCGAUAACUACAGCUUGUGUCAAUUCAGCGGCUACAAAUCUGAAGGCAUUGUAGCAGAAUCAUUUUACCGUCGCACCACAAUUUUCGUCAUUACCUUGAAAUACUGUU